GGAUCAUGGCGGCAGUGAUACGGGAUGGAUCCUGGCGGGGCGUCACGGCGAAGCAGUCGGUCCGCAGAGACCUGGAGGGGGCACAUCAUCCAGCAGCUGAAGCACCGGGACCGGAUCCAGAGCGCCAUGUUCCAGGACCUGAUCCGGUUCUACACUGGGCUGCUGGAGAAAACCAGUUUGACCAAAGGGCUCCUCAGCAGCUCCGGCAGACCUCCCGCUGAGGGCUGCGCCCGUUCCUCUCUGCAGCAGCUGAAGAAGACGACAGGCGAGCUGGCCUACAAGGUGGUGGAGCUGCAGCAGCAGAUUAAAAUCAAAGAGCGUGUCCUGCAGGAACUACAAACCAGGUGAGUCUCUCUCACACACACACACAUGCACUGUCUUUCAGGGACUUUCCGUUGACUUCCAUUCAUUUCUAACCCUAACCAAAACUCAAUUUAUACCUGAAUCCUAAACUUGACCCCUGACCCAAACACAGCAUUUCCUCUUGUUUGGACCAGGCUUUGGUCCUCACAACGUAAUGUGUGUCAGGAAAAUGGCCUCCACAAUGCAUCAAAUACACACACACACCUGAGCCCGCCUGCUCACCUGCUGCACCUGGACAGCCUGUUCUGACGGUGCAGCUGCUGCUGGUUCACCUCAACAACCACUUCAACCAACAACCUUUAAUAUAAUUUUACUUUAGCUUGGUGCUGAUUCUAAUAACCUGAUGCAGUUUUUCCUCUUAAACAUUUAGCAAACACUCAUGGAUCCAAAUAAUACAAUGUCUUGAUUUAAUAGAACCUGAAAUGAAAAUUUUAGUCUUUUAACUCACUUAUUGUUGUCGUCUUUGUUCUUCCUAAUGAAAAGAGUGCUGCUGUUUGGUAAAUGUGAGUGGAUGUGGAAAAACCACCAACAAGUCGACUCAAAGUGAAUUCUAAGCCUGAUAAGUAUUUUAUUUUAGGUGUUAAGGUGCAGUUAGUCAGCGCGGGGCGCAGCGCUGUUCACCGCCUCGUCACAGUCCUGUUGCAUUCAUCGCAGCCGCAUGUCGGACUAAAUGCUACGCAUCAUAACACUGUUUAAAAAAAGCAAAAGUUCUGCAACUCACCCUGAGAAACUGAAAAAUAUUCCUGCAGACAUGGAUUCCUCUGAUCAUAUAACUCGUCCUGCCAUUUUCUUUCCACUGUUACCUUUAGCUUUUCUUUGAGGGACCCAGUCUUAAAACAUUUAUUCACCAUCAUUUUUGAACAUAGUCCUUCGGUAUUUUAACUAUGUGUCGCAUUUUGAGCUCACAUCACGUCAAAUAAAUGGUCGUUUACAUGCAGUACCUCACAGACCACUGGGGGGCAACCACAGGCGAGAGAGAGAUUGCUCUAAAGCAGGGGUGUCCGAAGUGGGUCCUGGAGGCCCGGCAUCCUGCAUGUUUUAGUUUUCUCCCUGGUUUUACACACCUGCAUCAACUGAUGGCUCGUUAGAUGGCCCAAGCAGAUCACUGACUAGCUGAGGAGGUUGUUACUACCACUAGGGACAGAACUGAAACGUGUAGGAUGCCGGGCCUCCAGGACCCACUUUGGACACCCCUGCUCUAAAGGUUUACACUAGAUGUUGGGGAGGGGGAGCUGUGUCAUUGUUUCCUCCAUCUUCGUCCUUGAUGAUGGGUGAGAAUGGGAGGCUCUCAGGGUUCGUCCAGUUCAGUCCGUUUUCCUAGAUCGUCCUGUUGGUUUGGGCAGGUGUGCAUGCGUAAUCAAACCAAAAAUCAAACUCUGGUCCUCCAAACCUCAUCUGGGUUCGGUUGAAGUGAACUCUGGUUCGGUUUGAACGCAUAUGUGAACGCCAAGGGGACCGGAGACCGCUCCAAAAGCAAGAACUGGACUACAGCAGAAGGCAUUCUGGAUAAAUACAACCAAAGCUAACAUGCUAGCCUAGCGCUAGCAGCAGAAAUGGCUCCUGGUCUUUAGCCUAAAGAG